AUGUCUGACGCCGUCAUCUCUUAUGCUUCUUUCAUCCUAGCUGAUGCUGGUUUGGAUAUCACCGCUGAAAACUUGUUGACUUUGACCAAGGCUGCUGGUGCUAACAUUGAAACCGUCUGGGCUGAUGUUUUCGCUUCUGCUUUGGAAGGUAAGGACUUGAAAGAAAUCUUGUCUGGUUUCCACAACGCUGGUCCAGCUGUUGCUGCUUCUGGUGCUGCUGCUUCUGGUUCCGCUGGUGCUGAAGCCGCUGCUGAAGAAGAAGCUGCUGCUGAAGAAUCUGAAGAAGAUGAUGACAUGGGUUUCGGUUUAUUCGAUUAA